UCGACACGUCUUAUGCUGCUGCUGUAAUUAUUAGCUAUUUUUUUAUCGAACCCUCGGCCAAAAUGUUUUAAACAAAUCUAUAGUAUAAUAUGGUCAUUAUCCAGAUCCGAGCAAAACCGAAGACUGCUUUCAAACGUAAAAACAAGCUAACUAUUGAAUCAAAAACCAUGUCUGCUUACUCUAAUAAAUAUAUUUAUGCCACCUUACCGAGAACGGCACGAGGUCAACCCAUUGUACUCGGCGGUGACCCCAAAGGAAAAAACUUUUUGUACACUAAUGGUAAUAGUGUCAUCAUACGUGAUAUUGAGAAUCCUGCUAUAUCUGAUAUUUACACUGAACAUUCUUGUGUUGUGAAUGUUGCCAAAUAUUCUCCAAGUGGUUUCUAUAUUGCAUCUGGUGAUCAGUCAGGGAAAAUUAGGAUUUGGGAUACCGUGAACAAGGAACACAUUUUAAAAAAUGAGUUCCAUCCAUUCGGCGGACCGAUUAAAGAUAUUUCUUGGUCACCAGACAAUCAAAGGAUGGUAGCAGUUGGUGAAGGCCGUGAAAGAUUUGGACACGUCUUUAUGUCGGAGACCGGUACAUCUGUAGGAGAAAUAUCAGGCCAGUCAAAACCGAUAAACUCGUGUGAUUUCCGGCCUACUCGUCCGUUUAGAAUUGUAACAGGUAGCGAGGAUAACACGGUUGGCGUGUUUGAAGGACCACCCUUCAAGUUCAAAAUGACUAAACAAGAACAUUCAAGAUUUGUUCAAGCUGUCCGUUUUUCACCCAAUGGUAAUUUAUUUGCUUCCGGAGGAUUUGAUGGAAAGGUAUUUUUAUAUGAUGGUGCAAGUGCAGAUUUAGUAUCGGAGUUGGGUAGCCCAGCACAUAAAGGAGGUGUAUAUGGAGUUGCCUGGAAUGCAGAUAGUACUAGAUUGUUAACUUCAUCUGGCGAUAAAACUUGUAAAUUGUGGGACGUCGAAACCAAAUCUGUUGUUAGCGAAUUUGUAAUAGGAAAUCAAGUGGAAGAUCAACAGGUGUCUUGUUUGUGGCAAGGAAACUAUUUACUAACUGUUUCUUUAAGUGGUUUUAUUACAUAUCUCGAUAUCAACAACCCAGAUAAACCAAUCAGAGUUAUAAAGGGGCACAACAAGCCUAUUACAGUAUUGGCUUUAAGUCCCGAUCAUAGCACAAUUUACACUGGUUCGCACGAUGGUAACAUUACUAAUUGGAACGCAAAAACAGGCGAAAAUGAUAGAAUACAAGGUUCGGGUCAUGGGAAUCAAAUCAAUGGCAUGAAAUUGGAUAGUGAUUACUUAUAUACUUGUGGCAUCGACGACAGCCUUAGACAAGUGGAUACCAAAACUAAUACGUACACUGAUCUUCAAGUUAAAUUGAAUUCCCAACCCAAAGCAAUGGACUUCAACAAUAGUGUUCUUGUUACAGUAACAGUAAAAGAUAUAAUUGUUUUAAAGAAUGAAAAAAAAAUAUUUACUCUGCCGGUGGAUUAUGAACCGUCAGCCGUAGCUAUUAACUCCGAUGCCUCUUAUGUUGCGGUUGGAGGUGCUUUGGACAACAAAGUACAUGUGUACAAAUUUAACGGAAGUUUGUUGGAACAUGCAAGUGAAUGUGACCAUUUAGGUGCGAUUACUGAUUGUGCAUUCUCUCCCAAUGGAGAGUACUUAGCAGCAAGCGAUUCAAAUCGUAAAGUUAUACUAUACAAAGUGCCAGAAUUCACUAUGGCUCAUAAGCAAGAUUGGGGUUUUCACAACGCACGUGUAAAUUGUGUCGCUUGGUCUCCAAAUUCUAAACAGGUGGCCAGUGGCAGUUUGGACACUACUAUUAUUGUUUGGAGUGUCACUUCGCCAAACAAGCAUACAAUAAUUAAAAAUGCUCACCCGCAAAGUCAAAUCACACGUGUGUUGUGGUUGGAUGAAGAAACUAUUGUGUCCGUUGGACAAGAUUGCAAUACAAAAAUCUGGAAUGUUACUCCAAUCUAAGUGAAAAGGCUGCAUUUUACAUAUUCUAAUUUAUUUAUUUUUUUAUUUAUUUAUAUUAUAGUUUAUUAACCAAAACUUAUGUCUUAUUUUAAGCACUUUCAUAAAAAAAACUAAAAUGGAAAAUCUUAUUAUAAUUAACACUUUUUGGUUAACGGUUUGAAUUAACUAUACAAUAAUAAUACAAAGCAUGUCUUUUAAGAGUGAAGUAUCUUUCUUUAUUAUUAUAAUUUUUUGUUUUUAUCUGUGAUUAAUUUCUUUUAAAUAAUCAGUAGACAUUUUUUAUUUAAAAAAACAAAUCUACAUUUAUUUUUCUAAUAUAUUUAUAAUGCUAAUUUUAUGCGAACAGUGUUAUUCUAGUAUAAACUUAUCAAAUCGUAUUAUAUA